GGAUCCGACCGCCCUGGCCUACUCUCUAAGGAAUUAUGUUCCAUCGGAUUUGACGGUUGUCAGAUGGUUGACUUUCAUCUGGAUGUUCAAUUUCGAAUUGGAACGGAGAACCGGGCGGACGGGCUGAGUCGGAUCAAGUGGGAUAAACAGGAAGGGGAGGCAGUAGAGAAUACGCCCCCAGUUGAUGGAUUUCUGGAUCAGGAAGAAGAUGUUCGUCUCCACAUCAACAAGUGGUCGCCGCGAGUGCCCAGCUGUGUAGGUUAUCCUAUCUGGCAAGCGCCGAAUGAGUAUGAAAGGAGGGUCGAGCUAGUCCUUAAACCCUUCGAAGAAUUCGAAGAAGAGGAUCCCUGGGGUGGUAAGGAUGUUCAGUGGAUGAUGGAGUUGGCGCUGGCCAGUUCGCAUAGUCUGGUGGAGAACAUGAGGACGAUCGAGGAGGGACCAGGCCAGGUAGAACGACAUGAGGACCUGAUGGGAGGAAUGUACCUCCUGGUCAACACGUUGUUGCAGGAAAGCCUCGACCAGUCAGGAUCGUUGAACCCGACAGGGAAUGUGGACGAAGUGCCCGAGAGCCAGGACGACGAGUUCGAGGAGGGGGAGGUUAAGGAGGUCUUUCGUGCAGAGGAGUAUGAUGGGAUCUACCUAGAGCUGGGACUUCUUCUGUCCUGCGAAAUGCGGCUAAGGGAUGCAAGCGAUAGGGCUCAGAGGAUGCUAGGAGGUGCCACGAGAGGAGGUGUCACAGGAGGAGGUACCACGAGAGGAGGUGCCACAAGAGGAGGUGUCACGAGAGGAGGUGUCACGGGAGGAGGUCCAGGGUACUCAGCGAGAGAGAGGGCUGGGCGACGAGGGGAGACGUGCAGGGAAGGAAGUGAUAGAGGUUGGAGAGGACACGCCCCCACAGACGCCAGCGGUGGGUUUGAGACUCGGGCAGGGAGCACUCGCCAGGUGGAGGAGAGGUUGCAGAGAGAGGAGGCCCCAUUACCUUCAUCAGAAAAGGCUCCUUUGCCAGAGGGGAGAGCAAACAGGAGGGAGAGGGCAGCUGUAAGGAGAGAAGCCUUGACCCUGAUUGACAGGCACCUAGCAGCUCAUGCCCUGGAGCACCCAGACCUGGAAGAGCCAGCACCUGUAGAGCCGCGCCAGGAGUCGUGCCAGCCCGAGAAGGAGAUGGAGGAAGAGAUCCCGAAGAGGGUCGACCUCCGCACGAGGGAAAGGGCGCCAACUGGAGAGACAACAGAGGAAAAGAGGGCGAGAAGAACCAGGAGGAUAGACGAGAUAUGGCAAGAGAGGCAGAGGUUGGAGGCAAUGGGGGAGCUUCCAGAGCAGCAGCAGGAGAGGCAAAGAUCGGAGGCAGCAGGAGCACUCCCAGGUCAGCCACCCAGCGCGUCAGCUAGGACCCCGGAGAUCCCUGAGAUGUGGAGGGACUUCUGGGAGCAGAGAGGAGAGGAGCUUCCUUCGCCAGUCAGAGUCGGGUUUAGGGUAGCAAGAAAGGCGGAAGAAAGAUUGGAUCGAAAAAUCAAGUUUCUGCCCAAGACAACUUUUGACCGGCACUUGUUAUUAGAGGGCGAUCUGGCAGGGAAGAAGAUGAAGGAAGCAAGCCAUGGAGUACGCCUGGAGGCUAUGGAAAUUGAAAUCCAGGAACUCAGGGCAUUGGUGGCCAGUCAGGUAGCUAUCAUUAAGAGCCUGAGGCAGCAAACCCAGGGAAAGGUGGAAAAGCCAGAGAGCAGCAGGCAGGGAGAGCAGAGGCAGCCAGGACAUGGGUUACCAGGACAGCCAUCUGCAGCAGAGCCUCGCCAGGAGCCACCUAUGGGGAGAGUUAUCCUGGAGCCAGAGGAGGCGAGAGCCCAGAGACAGGCAGAGAGAGAGGCGUUCGAGUUCAGAGCCCCUACCGAGCUCGCGACGCUGCCAGUAGCAGCGGCGGGCCCAGUCGUACCUUUGGCAGUUGAGAAGGGGCUACCACUAUCUAGUAGUGAGCCGGCUCAGGGCUCAGCAGAGGGAUCCAUGGGCGUGCUCCUUAAGGCAGUCCAUACCAUGUAGGAGGAGGCGGGUUUGUUUUCACCCUAGCAGAGGAUAGAGGAGCCUCUUAAGAGA